GCGCUUUCCUGAGGUCGAGAUCGGAGAAUAACAUGCCAUCGACGCGGUGAGCGCAUUUACGGCGUCGACUGGGUGUUUUGCGCACGAAAACGAUACGGUAUCUCUUCACUUGCUUGGGAAAACACCGGGCGGCUCUUGAAAAACACGAGCGUGGAUGUAACUGUUGCACUUUGAAUACAGACAUGAACCACUGAGACGGCAAAAGACAAAAAGCCUGGGAUACACUUGAGGGAAGAGCACCGUCUCAUCCCCUCCACAACAGAAGGUUUGGAAUCAUGAAGUCAUUGUGGCUGCUGGUAUUUUUCUUCUCUGUUUUGACCAGGACCAACAUGGCGUUUCCCAUGUCACCCACUGAACCCCCUGAAGUCAGCGGGACCUUCGGGGUUAAAGACACGAGCCUCACGCACCUCACAGUGCACCGCAAGACGGGCGAGGUCUUCGUGGGAGCCAUAAACCGGGUCUACAAGCUCUCUGCCAAUCUAACCGAACUGCGUUCGCAUCAGACGGGACCGGAGAAUGACAACGCCAAAUGCUACCCGCCUCCCAGUGUGCGGACCUGCGCGCAGAAACUGGAGUCCACAGAUAAUGUCAACAAGUUGCUGCUGGUCGAUUAUGCUGGCAACCGUCUGGUAGCGUGCGGAAGCGUCUUGCAGGGAGUGUGCAAGUUCCUGCGGCUAGACGAUCUCUUCAAGCUUGGUGAACCACAUCACCGUAAGGAACACUACCUCUCCGGAGCCAAAGAGCCAGAUGGGAUGGCUGGAGUCGUGGUGGGCGACGACGACGGUGAUCUGAAGAAGAAAAAGGAAGGUGCCAGUCGCCUCUUUAUUGGCGCAGCCAUUGAUGGCAAAUCGGAGUAUUUUCCCACUUUAUCCAGCCGUAAACUGGUGGCCAAUGAGGAGAGCCUAGAUAUGUUUAGCCUGGUCUACCAAGAUGAGUUUGUGUCCUCUCAGAUCAAGAUCCCGUCAGACACCUUGUCUCAAUAUCCAGCGUUCGAUAUCUAUUAAGUCUAUGGGUUCUCCAGUCGCACCUACAUCUAUUUCCUCACUUUACAACUAGAUACUCAGCUUACCCAAGUGGACGCCACCGGCGAGAAGUUUUUCACUUCGAAGAUCGUCCGCAUGUGCUCCAACGACACCGAGUUCUACUCCUACGUAGAGUUCCCGCUCGGUUGCACCAAGGACGGGGUGGAAUACCGACUCAUCCAAGCUGCAUACAAGCACCGUCCGGGGAAGAUUCUGGCCCAGAGUCUCGGCCUGUCUGAAGACGAGGAUGUCCUGUUUGUGAUCUUCUCACAAGGUCAGAAGAACAGGGCUAACCCACCCAGAGAAACGGUACUGUGUCUGUUCACACUGCGCCAGAUCAACCUGGCCAUGCGAGAGAGGAUCAAGUCGUGUUACCGCGGCGAAGGAAAGCUAUCUUUACCGUGGUUGCUGAACAAGGAGCUACCUUGCAUUAAUACACCCAAGCAGAUUGGUGAUGAUUUCUGCGGCCUGGUUCUGAAUCAGCCUCUCGGGGGGCUGAAGGUCAUCGAAGGCACUCCUCUGUUUGACGAUCGGACCGACGGUAUGGCAUCCGUGGCUGCGUACACCUACGGCGAUCACACCGUGGUCUUCGUGGGCACACGCAGCGGCCACCUAAAGAAGAUUCGAGUAGAUGACACACCACCUUCGCCCGAGAGUGCACUGCUGUACGAGACUGUGAGUGUCGUAGAAGGAAACCCGAUCCUACGUGACAUGGUGUUCAGUCCGGAGUACCAGUUCAUCUACCUGCUGAGCGAGAAACAGGUGAGCCGUCUGUCGGUGGAGAGCUGUUCUCAGUACAGCACCUGUAAGACGUGUCUGGGCUCCGGGGACCCUCACUGCGGCUGGUGUGUCCUGCAUAACAAGUGCUCCAGAAAGGAGGCGUGUGAGAAGUGGGUGGAGCCUCUGCACUUCAGCUCUGACCUGAAACAGUGCGUUGAAAUCACCGUCACUCCUAAUAACAUGUCCGUGACCUCGGCUUCUACGCAGCUGAGUGUGAAGGUAGCGAACGUCCCGAGCCUCUCCGCGGGAGUCACGUGUGUGUUUGAAGAGCUGACGGAGAGUCCAGGUGAAGUGUUGGCUAAAGGACAAAUCCUCUGUAUGUCCCCGUCUCUGAGGGACGUCCCAUCUGUCACCCAAAGUUAUGGCGAUAAACGAGUCGUGAAGCUCUCUCUGAAGUCCAAAGAGACGGGUCUCAAAUUCAUCACCACUGAUUUCAUCUUCUACAACUGCAGCAUCUUGCAGUCGUGUUCGUCGUGUGUAAGCAGUCCAUUCCCCUGUAACUGGUGUAAAUACCGUCACAUCUGCACUAAUAAUGUGGCCGAGUGCUCCUUCCAGGAGGGCCGAGUGAGCAGCGCUGAGGGCUGCCCACAAGUUCUACCCAGCAGCGACAUCCUGGUACCGGCAGGAAUCAUUCGACCAAUCACGCUGCGAGCUCGGAACCUGCCCCAGCCUCAGUCGGGUCAAAAGAACUAUGAGUGUGUCUUUAAUAUCCAGGGCAAGAUCCAACGCAUUCCUGCGGUCCGUUUCAACAGCUCCUGUAUCCAGUGCCAAAACACUUCAUACUGGUACGAGGGGAAUGAGAUGGGUGACCUGCCUGUGGAUUUCUCCAUCGUGUGGGACGGUGACUUUCCUAUCGACAAGCCGCCCUCCAUGAGAGCUCUCUUAUAUAAGUGUGAAGCGCAGAGAGACAGCUGUGGACUGUGUCUGAAGGCAGACAGCACGUUUGAAUGCGGCUGGUGUUUGGCUGAAAAGAAGUGUCUCUUAAAGCAACACUGUUCCGCACCUGAAAACAACUGGAUGCAUCAGGGACGACGUAACAUACGCUGCAGUCAUCCUCGCAUUAUUUCGAUCCGUCCACUGACAGGUCCGAAAGAGGGCGGCACACGUGUGACCAUUGAGGGAGAGAAUCUGGGGCUGCAGGUUCGAGAGAUCACGCAUGUGCGUGUGGCGGGGGUCCGCUGCAACCCUGCUGCUUCUGAAUAUGUCAGUGCUGAGAGGAUUGUGUGUGAUAUGGAAGAAUCACUGAUGUCCAGCCCACCCGGUGGCCCGGUGGAGUUGUGUAUUGGCGACUGCAGCGCCGAGUAUCGCACGCAGUCUUCUCAGACAUACUCUUUCGUGACUCCCAGUUUCAGCCGGGUGCGGCCGGAUAAAGGACCCGUGUCAGGUGGGACCAGGCUGACUAUCUCAGGCCGACAUCUGGACGCCGGCAGCGCCGUGACUGUGUUUUUGGGCCAGGAGGAGUGUCUGUUUGUCAGGAGAACGGUGCGUGAGAUCGUGUGCGUGACCCCGCCGUCAGCAUCAGGCUCCGGGGCUUCAUCAGUUAAGCUGCUGGUGGACAAAGCGGAAGUCACCGGCGAUACACGUUACAUUUACACCGAAGAUCCAACCAUCUCCAACGUAGAGCCCAACUGGAGCAUCAUAAAUGGAAGCACCACCCUCACGGUCACAGGAACCAAUCUUCUAACCAUCCAGGAGCCUAAAGUCAGAGCCAAGUAUGGAGGAGUGGAGACCACAAAUGUUUGUACUGUGGUGAAUGACUCUGUGAUGACAUGUCUGGCUCCGGGCAUCAUCUACACCAAACGGCAGGCUCCCGAGAGCGGUAUCCACCCGGAUGAGUUCGGCUUCAUCCUGGACCACGUUUCUGCCCUCCUUAUACUUAACGGAACCCCUUUCACGUACUACCCCAACCCGACCUUUGACCCCCUGGGGAAUGCUGGGAUACUGGAGGUCAAACCAGGAUCACCAAUAGUUCUAAAGGGAAAGAAUAUCAUCCCUCCCGCCCCUGGAAACGCCCGGCUCAAUUACAGCGUCAUGAUUGGAGAAACGCCCUGUCUGUUGACGGUCUCUGAAUCUCAGCUGCUCUGUGAUUCGCCGGAUCUGACAGGAGAACAGCGAGUGAUGAUUCUGGUGGGAGGUCUGGAGUAUUCUCCUGGAACACUUCACAUUUAUUCCGACAGCACCCUCACGCUGCCCGCCAUCAUCGGGAUCGGGGCGGGCGGAGGCGUCCUUCUCAUCGCAAUCAUCGCCGUGCUCAUCGCGUACAAACGUAAGACGAGGGACGCCGACCGAACGCUCAAACGCCUGCAGCUCCAGAUGGACAACCUGGAGUCCCGGGUCGCGCUGGAGUGCAAGGAAGCGUUUGCCGAGCUCCAAACAGACAUCCAAGAGCUGACCAACGACAUGGACGGCGUAAAGAUCCCCUUCCUGGAGUAUCGUACCUACACCAUGCGUGUGAUGUUCCCCGGCAUCGAGGAGCACCCCGUUCUUAAGGAGUUAGAUUCUCCGGCUAAUGUGGAGAAAGCGCUGCGUUUGUUCAGUCAACUUCUGAACAACAAGAUGUUCCUGCUGACCUUCAUUCACACGCUGGAGGCUCAGAGGUCGUUCUCCAUGCGGGACCGCGGUAACGUGGCCUCCCUCCUCAUGGCGGCGCUGCAGGGACGGAUGGAAUACGCCACCGUGGUGCUCAAACAGCUGCUGGCCGACCUGAUCGAGAAGAACCUGGAGAACCGGAACCACCCCAAACUUCUGCUUAGACGAACUGAAUCUGUGGCCGAGAAGAUGCUCACCAACUGGUUCACCUUCCUCCUCCACCGGUUCCUAAAGGAGUGUGCUGGGGAGCCUCUCUUCAUGCUUUACUGUGCUAUAAAACAGCAAAUGGAAAAAGGGCCCAUAGAUGCCAUCACAGGAGAGGCGAGAUACUCCCUGAGCGAAGACAAGCUCAUCCGGCAACAGAUCGACUACAAGCAGCUGACACUCAUGUGCAUUCCUCCAGAGGGCGAUGCAGGUACGGAGGUUCCUGUUAAGGUGUUGAACUGCGACACAAUCACUCAGGUUAAGGACAAGCUGCUAGACGCAGUGUACAAGGGCAUCCCGUACUCACAGCGACCGCAGGCCGAUGACAUGGACCUCGAAUGGCGGCAGGGUCGACUGACCAGAAUCAUCCUCCAAGACGAAGACGUCACCACAAAGAUCGAGAGCGACUGGAAGAGAUUAAACACGCUGGCACACUAUCAGGUGACAGAUGGUACUUUGGUGGCUCUGGUUCAGAAGCAAGUAUCUGCUUACAACAUCGCCAACUCCUUCACGUUCACCCGCUCGCUCAGUCGAUACGAGAGCCUCUUGAGGACAUCCAGCAGUCCAGACAGCCUGCGGUCCAGAGCUCCCAUGAUCACGCCGGACCAGGAGACGGGCACUAAACUCUGGCACCUGGUGAAGAACCACGAGCACGCGGACCAGCGUGAGGGCGACCGCGGGAGCAAGAUGGUGUCAGAGAUUUACCUCACACGCUUGCUGGCUACCAAGGGCACGCUGCAGAAGUUUGUGGACGAUCUGUUUGAGACGGUGUUCAGCACGGCACAUCGCGGCAGCGCUCUUCCACUGGCCAUCAAAUACAUGUUUGAUUUCCUGGACGAGCAGGCAGAUAAACGACAGAUCACCGACCCGGACGUACGGCACACCUGGAAGAGCAACUGCCUUCCUCUGCGGUUUUGGGUCAAUGUGAUUAAAAACCCGCAGUUUGUCUUUGACAUCCAUAAGAACAGCAUUACAGAUGCCUGUCUGUCUGUGGUAGCGCAGACCUUCAUGGACUCGUGUUCGACGUCUGAACAUCGCCUGGGCAAAGACUCUCCAUCCAACAAACUCCUCUACGCUAAAGACAUCCCCAACUACAAGAGCUGGGUGGAGAGAUAUUACCGAGACAUCAGUAAGAUGCCUAGUAUUAGCGAUCAGGAUAUGGAUGCCUAUCUGGUAGAACAGUCUCGUCUCCAUGGCAACGAGUUCAACACGCUGAGUGCGCUCAGUGAACUGUACUUCUACAUCAACAAGUACAAGGAAGAGAUUCUGACAGCACUGGACAGAGACGGCUACUGCCGCAAACACAAGCUGCGACACAAACUGGAACAAGCCAUUAACCUGAUGUCUGGCAGCAGUUGAGGGCAGUGAAUGAUUGGACAGGAGGGGAGGUCGAGCGGUCCGGGGUUGGGGAGGGUCGACACGCCAUCCGACGGACUGAUUCACGGCAGAACAUCCGCAGCUUGUGCUAGCAUGAGGCGAAGCUAAAACACUGGACAAUCAAAAAGGAACCACAGCACAGCAUAUGAAGCCCAAUGUUUUUCCGGACCACAACCUGUACGCCCGAACGCCCUCGCUCCCUAAUGCCCGAACCUCUCUUCUGCGCUGACCUCUCCUCACACGCCCCUCGCAUCGACGCAACUGCCUAACAAACUUUAUCAGAUCGGACUACUGUGGAUCAGACACAUUCCAAUGAGAAAGGUGCACGUGCCAAGAUGGCGCCAUGGAGAAAAAUGACCGGCCUUGAUUCUGGGAAAGAAACGAUUCACAUUGACCCGCAAGAUUUCAGGAACGGACGCGUGCAUGGACGGCGAGCUCUGUUCAUAGCAAAAAAAGACCAAAUGUUGGGGAGAACUGCAUUGUGGGUAGUGUUGAGGCUGGGCAGAAUGGGUGGAACCUUCACCUCCUCGUCUUGAAAAUGCCAUAGACGUAUAAAGAGCGCCUUUUCUGUCGUUUAUUCUUUCUCUCUUUUUGUCAUUCUGGGGCCAAAUGGACCUCUUCUGGAGAAGAGGGUGUGGAUCGGCAUCUUUUGACCCGAUGGGAAAGGUGAUACCUGAAAUCCUGAUUCGGGACUCCUUGUACCCUCCUGCGCUCUUUGCUUUUUUGUACACCGCUGUGUUACUGUGAGGUUUGGAGCGUUGACUCCGUUUUCUGUGCGUCGGCGAGGACCAGUCGCUGUCCCUUGGUCAGGCAUCUUUACUGUAGUAAAUCCAUCUAGAGCAAUAACUCUCCGAUUUUCCUGCAAGCCAUGAGUUUUAAGUUCCCCGUGUGUUCCAAUUCUCCGUCGAAAUUCCCGACGUUUGUUAGCCGAAUCGUUCUCAUGUUCCUGUUGUUCUGUCAGAUGGACAGCCAAACACGUUCAAGAUGCCAAGCACAAUGAAGGGGCGACUGUUCAACUGGCUGAUCGUUUUAGCGCCGUUUCAUGAGGCCGAUGCAAUUUUUGACAUUGUAGAGUAACUGCAGGAGUUCACAAAUCUCGUCCGCACUGUUGUUGAAACGUUUCUCAGUCAUCCGCAUGAACCUUACCGUGAACCCAGAGGUUCUCGCUUCAUUGAAUAUGAAGAUUGUGUCAAAUCUGUCUGUAUACACAAACAACAAGGCCUUAACUCAUUUCCUCUUAUCCGAGUUUCGUCGUCUUUGCGACGGCAGCGUUGCCCCCUGCUGCCCCGACGGUGAACUGCUAUCAGUUUUAUUCCAGGUACUCUAGGUGGGCGCUCCAAUCGCGAUACGUCGUUUGAAAAAUUUCUCAGCUGUUUUCUAUUUCUUGCUGUAUGUGGUUCUGAGUUCUGCCCCGACUAACUGCGUGUCGAUUGCGUUUUUGAGUAAAUCCACACCACGGAGAAUGUACAGCAUGUUCCGCUUUUAAACACGAAAUAACUUCAGAUCACAGGCAGGACUACAGGGAGAUCUAUUUGUUGUCAACACAGUUUUAAAAACAUAUCCUAAUUUAGACUCAAGCGAGGUCAGUCCAGGCAAAUAAACACCCACCAAAGCAUUGAUAAUGUGGGUUGAUGAACAGUAGGGAAAUCCAUUGGGGCCUUAUUAGUUAUGCUUUGAGUUUACAUGUAGAUAUUUAAUGAUCAUUACGCUUCGAUUAGUAACCCAAUAAGUGUGUAUUGUUCUGAACAUUUUUCAAGUAUUCAUACUUUUAAGUACAGUAUGUCGGUAGAUUUUGCCCUUUUUCCUCCUGAAGUUCAUGUCAAAGGAUUUAAUGUUUGCCUUUAUUUUAUUCAUGAAGAAAAAAUGAUGCUUUUAUAACAAGGAUAGAUUUUUAAACAUUUGGAAACGCAUUAGCUAACAUAAACAAACAACCAGUAAUAUAUAUAUUUUUCUUUGUUAGUUAAUGCCAACACAAUUGUUCAUGUUAGUUCAUUGUGCAAUGAAUAAAUUGAACAUUACAAUUUUUGAAAGAUAUAUUAGUAAAUACUUAAAUGAACAUGAACUAAGAUUAAUAAAUGCUGUAGAAGUAUUGUUGAUUGUUAGCGCAUGUUAACUAAUACAACCUUAUUGUUAAAUGUUACCCAAAGUCACUAAAAGGGGUCAAUUUCAGAAGCGUAAAGGGAGUCUAAAAACUUGAUCUGGAUAUAAUAUACUACAACGGUUCAUUGAAUGUAAUCCAUUCUGCCUUUAAAUUUAGAUUUUUUUUUUUUUUUAAGUUAAUACUACUAGAUGAUAAAGCAAAAGUUUUCGCUCGGAUUAGCUCUAGAUGUGGCAUCAACAAAAGGUUUUUUUUAAGUCAUGUUUUUGUUCGUCUCAAGGCUAAAAGUGUUGAAUUAUGAGGGCUGGUUGUUCUAAACUAAAUGUGGGACUCAUUUACAUAUGAAAAAAGUUUAGGAUGUUAAUGAAGCCGUAUCCUUUUGAACAUUUGUUUGUGUUUUUAUGUCGCUGUGUUUUGGGUGGGGGGCAGAUAGGGUCACCUCGGCUCAUCUUUGGCGUUUCAGCCUCGAUACAACACGAUACGUAUCCAUUAGGAAUUACUCACGGCCUGUUUGCCAAAGCUGCGCAGUCAGCAGCGCAGGUGUGGUCUGGACAAACCACUCUGAAAAAUUGAACACAAUCAUAAAUCUACAUAAAACAUGGAAAAAUAAACAUUGGCGGUUUAAUUUUGAUUUAGCACCUCUUGGUUGAAACCACGCCGUCAGGUUUACAACAGAUUUUUCUAUACUACUGUGAGUUAAGCCAAACGUACUGUGGGGAAAUGAAUUUAGCUCGGUUGCGAACAUACUGCCUGUAAGAGAACUUUACUAUUGUUAAGUGCAACUGCCCACCGGGGUGUAUUCAGAUCAGACCGGUCGAGAGAGAGAGAGAGAGAGAGAGAGAGCUAAUGAUGCCUCGGCCGAUAGCCAUAUAUCAGAAAUCAUACAGCAGAACUCAGAGCCAAAUGAGGCGCUUUGCGGUUUGUUUUCGUCGUGUGGUGAAACGGUAUAUUAUUAAAAGCACCUGUUACUUGUGAGAAAGAGAAAGGAGCGAGUGGAAAAUUACUGUGGUGUUUUUUCAGUAGAUACAGUAGAAGAAAAUGUCUGUUUUAGAUCCAUAACUACAUUUCAGUCAGUGUUGUACUUAUAAAAGAAGAAAAAACGUUGUCUCAGAUGAAUUACUUCUAAUUUAUUUGUCGGUUUGUCUCUUUAUCCCAAAUGUUUUAAUCGAUUUUAUUGUAACAGACUUGUUUACAGUUUCAGAAAUAUAUGAAGUUUAUUAACGCGUCUGAAGAGCUUUGUGACUGACUGAAUGACUGGUCAUUGGGCAAACGCUUUGCCUAGUCCUUAAUUCUAUAUAAAUAUAUAAAUAUAUUUUGUAUAAUUAUUGGACUGAAAUGUUUUUUUGUUUUUUUGUUUAAAUUAUUGUUUUAAAAUGUGUUUAUUUGUUGGAGGUGUGCGAAUGAGUCUGAAACGCUGGCUGCAAUGAAGUGUUUUGUAUAUAUUUGCAUCUUUUUUUUACUCAGUGCGAGGUUUUUGAAAGUAUGGAUUCUAACUUAACGUUCAAAGGACAAGCAUGGUGAUUUUAUUUGGAUUUUUAUUUAGUUUUUUGAUUUUGCUGAUUAAAGUGUAUGUGGAUGAUGCUGUAUAUUUCUUGAAUGUUUUUUUUGUUUUUUUUUGUAUAUAUAAUCAUCUGCAAGGCAUAUUUUGUCUCAAGAGCUUGAUGUUUUCAUUCAAAUAAAGACAAGUGUCUUGGUGAAA